CUGUUGUGUGUGUGUGUUCGUGUGCGUAAAAUGGCAGGUGCUCAACCCAACGAGGAAUGGAUAUAAAAGUCGAAACCGUUAACUGAUGGACAUCAUAAGUCAACUUGUCUUCACAGAAGCAACUCAAGAAAUAUCAACAAAAGCAAAAUGUUCAAGCACAUCAUUGUUGUCCUGGCCACCAUUGCCUGCGCCGCCGCGAAGCCCGGUCUGCUGCACGCGCCAUUGGCUGCCGCACCACUGGCCCUGGCCGCUCCAGCGCCGAUCAUCACUGCCACCAGUAGCCAGGUUGUUGCCAGAACCCACAACGGUAUCGCUGCCGCACCAAUUGUAGCCGCCGCCCCCGUCGCUGCCCCUCUGGCGGCUGCGCCUUUGGCCGCGCCAAUCGCACCGAUCUCACCUUUGGUCCGUUACGCUGCCGCUCCGCUCGCCGCUCCACUCGCCGCACCCAUCGCACCACUGGCGGCCCCAGUAGCUCGUUACGCCGCCGCCCCAAUCGCUCGCUACGCAGCUGCUCCUCUCGCCUACACAUCCCCUUUGGCGGCGCCCGCUCCUUUGGCGUACGCUCCCUCCUACUCGGCGCCUCUGCACUACGCAGCCGCACCAGCGCUUUGGUAAUGCAACACGACGACUGAUUUUGCUGGAAUUAAUUUAAGAAAUAUAAGAUAACAAACAAUUAAAAAUAAUAAUAAAAGAGAAUAGUACAC